UUUCAACCUCAGGGGAUUUUAGCCGUGAAACUUGCUAGAACCACUUGACAGUGGACUCGGCAAAUGAUGAUGGCCGCCGUGAUGGACCUGGUGGCCGUACUGACUCCCUCCGUGCCCGAUUGACGUGUCCGGGACACACACACACACACACUCACUCACACGCAACCGCUGGAAAUGGUCCCGGCCGGGAAAUUGGCAAAUGAGCUCGAUGGCCAGGCUGGCAAAAGAGACUCACAUGAGCACACCACCAUGCACAAGAGUGGACAAGUCAUCAAAGCCAUGUCAGGCAUGCCGUUGGGCCAAUCACCACGUCCAACAACCAGCAAAAUCAAAAACAUAUUACCUGAUAUUAUUAUGUGCGACAGAAAAGCGUCAAGCAAAGAAUAUGGGUUGGGUCUGAUUGGAUCUGCUGCUAAUGGUACAACUUCUCUCGCUUCUCUUCUCCUUCAGCCAACUACAUGCAGCGAACUAGCCCGAGCUAUCUGGUAUAUUCGUGGUAUAGUACAAUGUAGAUGAGUAGCAGAGCA